GGUGAUAUACAAUUAAUGAAAGAUAUGGGCAUGGAUGCUUAUAGAUUCUCGAUCUCAUGGUCAAGAAUUUUUCCGAAUGGAAGCGGUGAAAUCAACGAGGCUGGAAUUGAUCAUUAUAACGCACUUAUUAAUUCUUUAAUAGCCCAUGGGAUCGAACCAUAUGUGACCCUCUACCAUUGGGACCUUCCUCAAGCGUUAGCAGACAAAUAUAAUGGAUGGCUCGACACUCGAAUCAUCGACGAUUUCGUGGCGUAUGCCAAUACGUGUUUCGAGAAAUUCGGUGAUCGGGUGAAGAAUUGGAUGACGUUUAACGAACCACAUACUUUUACGGUACAAGGUUACGAUGUGGGUCUUCAAGCACCUGGACGUUGCUCGAUACUUCUUGGAUUGUUUUGUAGGGCCGGAAACUCGGCUACGGAACCGUACAUCGUGGGUCAUAACGUCCUUCUUUCACAUGCAGCCACCUAUGAUUUAUACAAAAGAAAAUACAAGGCAAAGCAAAAAGGACGCAUAGGGAUCGCAUUUGACGCCAUUUGGUACGUGCCGGGUACAAACAAAACCGAGGACAUUGAAGCGGCACAGCGAGUCCAAGAAUUCCAAUUGGGAUGGUUUCUCGAUCCCAUAAUGUUUGGAGAUUACCCAAGUUCGAUGAGGACAAGAGUCGGAAACCGGCUACCAAAAUUUUCUAAAGUUCAAUCGGCUCUUAUCAAGGGAUCGAUAGAUUUUGUGGGAGUAAAUCACUACACAACGUGGUAUGCUUGGCAUAACUCGACCAACCUUAUUGGCGCUUUGCUCAACGACUCUCUUUCAGAUUCGGGUUCCCUCACUCUUCCAUGGAAAAACGGGAAAGCUAUCGGAGAUCGGGCAAAUUCCAUAUGGUUAUACAUAGUGCCAGAAGGGUUUAGAAGCUUAUUGAAUUACAUCAAGGACAGAUAUGGGAAUCCUCUCGUCAUCAUCACUGAAAAUGGGAUGGAUGACCCAAAUAGCCCAUUUAUCCCUCUCAAAGUUGCACUAAUGGAUGAGAAAAGGGUCAAAUACCAUAAUGACUAUCUCACAAACUUGCUGGCUGCAAUCAAGGAGGAUGGGUGCAAUGUGAAGGGGUAUUUUGCAUGGUCUUUGUUGGACAAUUGGGAAUGGGGUGCUGGAUUCAGUUCAAGAUUUGGGCUCUUUUUUGUUGAUUAUGAUCACAACCUCAAGAGAUAUGCCAAGAACUCUGCUAUUUGGUUCAAGAAUUUCUUGACUUCUGGUUAGAAAUUCAAGAUUCUUUCCAUCACAAACGGGUCGGGUCGGGUCGGGUCUCAUCUUUGUAAUACGUAUAUUUUUCUUAAAGUAAAAUGGGACCGAACGUGUGAAAUAAUUAUUCUAAAUUUGUUGUAUACAAGAUGGAAAAAGAAGACGUUUUAUACAGAGUGUCGGAUUGACGACACAAGCAUAUUCGAUGUAUGUAUUUGUAGUUUGGAAAACAUGUAGAUUGAUGUGUUAUUUGUUUGUCAUGAUGAUUUGAAUAAUUGAAAGUUUGAUGAUGAUUUA